GCCGAGCUGGGACAUCAAAGAGGAUAAAGCGGCAAACAAAUGCUCGCGCGCCGGUGAAGCUCAGCACAUAGACAUUCUGCAUUUCUGGGGAGUUCUGUUUCAUUUAUUUGUUUAUUUAUUUGGUUGUUUAUUUUUCUCCAAGUAAAUCCCGGGGGUUUAAAAAAAGGGAAAAGCUCCGGGAAUGCUUUCAGCACCGCGGACAGCCACCGGGAGAACCACACUGCCCUACUGCCACCAGUCUUUCCAUAAUCUACAGGAGCUGAGACACAGCGCAUCUCUUGCUAAUAAAGUGUUUAUCCAGAGAGAUUACUCUGAGGGAACUGUCUGCAAAUUCCAGACCAAAUUCCCCUCCGAACUGGACAGCCGGAUUGAGAAGACUCUGUUCGAGGACACGGUGAAGACGCUAAAUAAUUAUUAUGCGGAGGCGGAGAAGAUCGGAGGCCACGCCUACCUCGAGGGCUGCCUUGCCUGCAUCACAGCCUACCUCAUCUUCCUCUGCAUGGAGACGCGCUACGAAAAGGUCCUGAAAAAGAUCUCACGGUACAUUCAGGAGCAGAAUGAGAAGAUCUACGCUCCCAGAGGCCUCCUCAUUACUGACCCUAUAGAGAGGGGCAUGAGAGUUAUUGAGAUCAGUAUCUAUGAAGACAGAGGUUCCAGUGGAUCCAGUUCAGGAAGCAGCACCACCAGUAGCAGUGGACGAUGAUGAUCUCCACCCCCUCACACACACACACACACACACACACAUACACACACACUUACGCCUUUUGCCUUCAUGUUUCCCCUGUGAAUGGAUGCAUUCAAUGGUUCAAGUAGAAAAGACACAAACAUCACAAUCACCAACGCGGUCCAUCUGCAGAUCACACCACACUGACAAUGGGCGUGGCUCUGUGUCCAUAUAUGGAAUCUUCAAGUCGGAAAAAGGAGUUAAUUUGCAUUUCUGUGUCCCAUGUUAGGAUUGUCAGGAUUCUAAAGGGAUAAUAAUCGUCACUGCCAGUGAGCGGUAUAUCUAGGUCCUUCAUUGGUUCCCUUAGAGAGAGAAAACAGAGAACCCUUAGGAGAUCUUGAUUUAACAUCUAGCUACCAUUUUCACACCACUGCCUGCUUACCGUUCUGUCACAAAAAUAUCACUACACUCUUCAGAUGGGUUCCUCAAGGGUUCUUUGGAGUGAAGAACCCUUCAGAAUGGAUGGUGAAUGAUUGGUUACAGCUUUCUAAAAAGAUUCCCUUCGGAGCGAUUUCUGAGAUCUGAAAAGGGAAAGCCUCUGUUAUCGGGUUCUACGUUGUUCUACUAUAAAAGAUUCAUCCUCAUCAGGUAGUCAGCUAGUGCAAGUGCUAACUACCAGACUAACAUAAGAUAACUUGACAAGAUUUUCAUGGUAAUAUCGGUAACACAAAGACACGCCCACUUACCGACAGACACGCCCACCAGUCUCAGAUCUGCAGACAGACCUUCCUCCAUACACUGCACAUGACCUCCUCAGGACACACCCUAUAUCACCCUGUCAUCCACCUGCACUGGAGAUCCACACUUAGUGCACGUCUUGGAGAGAUGGAUGUGAACCACGUUUACACACUCACACACACACACACACACACACACACACACACACACACUUGCAUGAUGUUCUCACUUUUGCACCUCGGUGUGUUGUAUGUAGCAGCCUGUAGGGCUGAUGGAGAGCAAAAGAGAGUCUUCCACAGUGGGUCAGGAGUCGGCCAUGUUUGCACUUUUCCUUUUUUUUUGUUCCUUUGUGUGAUGAUUUUAUGUAAGAUGGUUGGCUUAGAGUUGUGUGACGAUACAGGUCAGAUGUCAGGAGUGAGACGCGGAACAAAUCCGGGAUCAAGAGCCAUGUAGAUGUGCUGUAUUUUAUUAUUAAGAAAUGAAGAACCAAAUCUGAUCUCAUAUCAAACCGUUUACCGUAUUUUCUGUAGUAAGUCGCUCCUUUUGGGUUCCAGAAGAGUGCUGUUUUCAUUUUUGUGCUAGAAUGAAGCUGUGAUAUACAGAAAUGGAGGCUAAUUUCUCACUCCUUAAAGGACAAACUGAAGAACAUUUUAGAGAGCUGGAUGGAACCUGUUUUUCUAACUGGGUAUCAGAACCUGUAGUGGCCACUAUUUUGACACAAAGUGGUAUUAUGCAGAUUGGGACGUGGCCAAACAAACUUCACUCUUGGUUUUUCAGGGGUUCUUUGGAUAGUUAAUGCUCCUUAGCUUCCUAAAAUGGUUCCACUUAGAAUUUCUCUGUUUCAGGGUUCUACAUAGAACCUAGAUUGUUCCCCUUGAAAAAAAAAACAAGCCAGGGAACCCUUAGGGGUUCUAGAUUUAAACUUUUUUUAAGGAGUGUAUUGUAGGUACCAUUUUCACACAAAAUAUCAAAAUAUCACUAGCUACACUCUUUAAAAUGAUUUCCUCAAGGGUUCUUUGGAUGGUGAACGAUUAUAACGUUCCAAAAAUCGGUACUGGAACGAUAUCUGAUAGGGAAACCUUCUGUAGUAGGGUUUUACAUAGAAAAAGGUCCUUUAAAGGUCUCUCCAAGAAGGAAAAGGCAAAGAAACCCUUUAGGAUGGAUGAUUAAUGGCUAUAAUCUUCUAAAAAGCUUCUUCUUGGAAUGGUUUCUGAAAGAGAAACCUUUUGUUGCAGGGUUCUACACAGAACGUUUAAUGAAAGCAUUUUGAAAAGGGAACCCUUUGUUGUAGGGUUCUAUAUAGAACUUUUUCCCCAGAAGGAAAAAGCAAAGAACCCUCUAUAAUUCUAACUUUCUAAAAAGCUUCUAAUUAGAGCAGUUUCUGAAAAGGCUAACCCCCUGUUAUAAGGCUCUACAUACUGUAUAACCUUGAAAAGAAUUCAUCUUUAGCACUUGAGGAGAUGUUCAGAGGAAGGGAUUAGUACUCUGGAGCGGCUUAUUGUCCGAAAAAUACGGUAUUGCAGUAGUUUAGAACCUGUAUUAUUUAUAAUAUUCCUUGUUUAGAGCUUCCAGUGAGUUCCGGGUCUUCCACGUUCUAACACACUGAAACCACAUAACUUACCUCUGGAGUAGAAGACCUGGAUCAGGCGUGUUAGGAGCUAAAACAUAACAAAACAAAGACAGAUUAGUUUGGAGAAACUCAGGAUUAGAGAUGUGGGUAGAACAGGAUCAUUCAUCAUACUCUCAUCUCAUUAAGCUUCCACUGCCAUAUCCAAUACUCUAAUCUUCUCAUUUUUAUACAUGCCUGCUCAUGUCUUCCUGCUCAUGACGUAGCUGGGCAUGAGAACGCAGAACCGACCUCCUCAGCGUGCCAUGAAACUGCCACUCGCCAAACCCUCGUUACACCUCGGUAUGAGCUUCCAUUCCCUAACGAGAGAACUGGCUCAUGAUUAUGCAAAUAUGUAGAUGGGUUUUCAUACAGCCUGCACUCACUGAAACAUGAAGCGUGUUUCUCUGUUGUGUAGCGAAGUGAACAACAACACAGCUGAAGCUUACGGAUAAAAGAUUACGGCACCAAGAAAAAGACAGGAAAAGUCAGAAGUUCAUAUAUGAUCCAGUGCCACAUGCUUCUCUGUGCAUACAACAAUAAAGUACUUGAACAAUC